CCACAAACCACCGGGUCGAGUCCGGCUUUUGAAUGCGUGAGCGUGACUCCAAAGAGAAGCGGACACUCCACUUUGCCAUCGUGAAGGAGGCCUCGGUGUUGGUUAGAGUGUGCGUUGCAGGGUCAUUCAGAAUGGUGGACCAGCCUCUGUGGGAGCAGAUAGGAUCCAGCUUUGUGCAGCACUACUAUCAAUUAUUUGACUCUGACAGAUCACAACUUGGAACCAUAUAUAUUGACGAAUCAUGCCUCACAUGGGAAGGACAGCAGUUCCAGGGAAAAAAGGCAAUCGUUGGAAAGCUCAUUAGUCUACCCUUCCCAAAAAUAGUGCAUAGUAUAACAGUGCAGGACCACCAGCCAACACCAGACUGCAACAUCUUGAGUAUGGUAGUAGGACAGCUAAAAGUAGACGACGACCCCGUCAUGGGUUUCCAUCAGAGUUUCCUCCUGAAGAACAUUAACAGUGCGUGGGUGUGCACCAAUGACAUGUUCAGGCUGGCCAUUCACAACUUUGGAUAACCCCCCUCCCCGCUCAGGUGGGCAGGGGCGCCUGUAGUGGAGGACACCACGUGAGUGAAGUAUGGAGGGAGGGGGAAGGAGGAGUGUGGGAUGGAGAGAAGAGGACACUCGCCUCUCCCUUCUGCCGUCUCAUUUACGCCUGCUUGACUCUCGCAAACGCCGGAUUCUAGAUGUCAAUCACUGAACCUCAUCCAGGUGGGUUUACAGACCGCCCCAGCCAGUAGAACUGCGAUUCGUUCCCUCGCUGAGAGCCAGCCAACCAACCAAUCUGAAGCCCCUGUCUGCCACUUUGCUGAUCUGCAUGACGCCGGGACGCCUCACCCCCACCAUUACAAUAUCUACACUCACGGCACCAGAGACAAACAGUCGACCGGCGCAGUUUACUCCUCUCUCCCCCCUCUUCUAAAAUCAGCCCCAUUCUACUCUGCUGUUAACUCCACUGCUAUCAAAUCCCUUCUGUUAGCACUGUUUUGACUGGUUUGUAGAUCCAUAUUCAGGUUCAGAGACGUUUCCAUCGCGUCUGACUUCUCGUGUUAUAAGUUGUUUUUAGAUUCCACUUGUGUGUUGCCUUGGUGUUCAAUUGAGUUUCAUCUUCUUUUACAAGAUUGUUACACUUUGCCGUGAUUCACUCUCAUGACUGGUUUUGCUUUUGCAAACCAAAGAGUCAUAGAGUACAAAGUUUGACCGCACUGUAUGAUUGGCUCCUGAAUAUUAUCGCUCUCUUUUUCGCUCGCUCUCUCAAUGUGUCUUUCUCUCUCUUACGCAGACAUGUCGGGCAGUAAACAUGGACUACAGCCAUGAUAGACAAUAAAACCUGGACUUUUUUUCUUAA